AUGUUGCUGUCCACCAGAUGUGCCAUACGGCUUCACGACAUCUACAUAAAACAUGCGAAGCAAUACCACCGCUACCUUGCCGAAGACCACCCUGCCCCUUGGAAGCAACAGAUAAAGCACUUCUCAGCAGCAGACCGUAGCAACUCUGGGAGGGCGAUAUUUCAGACCACAAUAACGGAAUACACCAAGAGAUGA